AUGAUAAAUGGUGGUGAAGAUAUUCCAUAUGAGUCAAAGCCAGGAGACAUGCUGCAUGCUCCAGACUCUUCAAUAUCAAAAUUUCGUCAGACCACAAGUUACACAAAGCUUGUCCAAACCUACAUAACCAGCCCUUCAGCAAAGAAGUGCAUGAAGAAGGGGUGCUUUAUCUCUCUAAUUGGAGGAAUCGUUAUAGUUGUCUGACUAAUCUAUUUUCUAAUCUUUAAGUUCAUUGCACACUUUAUCACUGGAAUUGGUUCGCUAAUUUUAUUGUUAAUACUUCAUUUCUGGCUAUUCAGAGUUAUCUGAAGAGGUAUGACUUUUCCAGGGGCUUAUAAACUAUGGCUCAGAAAUAUUGAAAAUGCUUUCUGUGUAUCCUCAUGCUCCCUCGUUGCAAUACAAGUAGAAGAGAUGGAGGAUUUGAUCCAAGUCUUAAUUGAGAGAGAAGAGAUCGAUAAAGGAGAGCUCAAAGAUGUCAUUGAGUCCAUUCAAAAAUUUAAGCGGCUCUGUAGAAUUAGAAAUACUGACUAUAGCAAUAUUCAUAAACUCCAGGAACUUCUACAGCUUACGAAACUCAGUAUUAACGAUCAUAAUACAUGCUUGUGGGAUCUAGAUCCUGAGAGCUUGUAUGAAAGCGACCAAAGUAAUAGGAUAGAUUCCUACUUCUUAGUAAAAUUUGAAGAUGCUCCUGGCAAUCACCAAGCUAGGAAACUAAUAUCUCUAUGUGAAACUAUUAGAAAGGAUCUCAAAGCCUAUUAUACAGCAAAAGGACUUUCUAAAUUCUUUAGAAUGUUUAGGUAUAAGCCUUUUGGGAGAAUAGAUCAGAUGAGAAACGAACUUGAAAUUCGUUACAAUGGAAUUCAGACAUGGUGUAAAACUUUUGAUGGGAAAAAGAUUGAUUGCAUGCUCAUUCCUGCUUCUCCUGAUUCAAAUUCUACCGUUACAGAUUAUAAGAACUGCCCUACAAUGUUAUUCUGUAAUCCAAAUGCUGGAUAUUAUGAAUACCUUACAUACCAGACAGAGUGGUUAAGCUACAUCAGCCUGGGAAUAAAUGUUGCUAUAUGGAAUUACAGAGGUUAUGGAAGAUCAGAGGGAUCACCAAAUCCUAAAAAUAUUCGUAAAGAUGGCGAAUAUGUCCUUAAACAUUUUAAAGAACAUUUUUAUCUUACAAAUAAAUUUGGAAUCCAUGGUCAAUCUCUUGGUGGUUCAGUUGCUAGUUAUGUAGCAAGACAUACCAAAGUAGACUUUUUGUUCGUUGAUCGCUCAUUUGAAGCUAUUUCUAAAGUCCCAGAAUCGAAAAUAGGGAAAAUAGCUAGAUACUUCUACCUUGGAGUCACCUGCUUUGGAGAUAGUGUAGCUCCAGAUUAUGUUGCAGCAAAUUGAUAUAAAGUAGUAUCUUGUGACCCUGACGAUCAACUUCUUGAUGAACCUUGUUCUUUAUCAAAUGCUAUUUCUAGGGAAACGGUGAACGAAGCCCAUCGAUUUUCUGGCAAAGACUUCAAUUUCAGUAAAUAUUUUCAUAUUAUUUCUAAAGAUGAGGGUGAUAUUCUUUUUAAAACAAUUAAAGAACUUCUGAAAUUAGGUAAAAAGUUGUAUUCUUGGAAGAAAUAUGAAGACCAACUUGAAGAACUAAAAGAGCUUAGCACAAAUCAGGAUGAUUCAAACAAUCAAUUUAAUGCUAUUGUCGGAAUUGGAAACUCAAGCCUUCAUGAAGGAGCUAAGAACCAAUAUGGAGAAGAUUCUCUAACUUUCCAAGUUCACUCAGGAUUUAACAGCAAAAAUAUGAAUAGGACAGUCUUUGUUGAUAGACCAAACCUUGAAGAGCCGGCUCCUAAAAGUCAAUCCUCCGAAUAUCUUGAAACAUGUCAAGAUGAAGACUGACCAGACGAUUUUCUUAAAAUAACAAUUCCAGGAGUAGAGGAAGAACCUUCUCCAAGUCAAAUAUAUGAUGAAUAUAAAAAUUCUAUAAAAUACUUAAAGAAGAAGGAAAAGAAGUAUUUUGAAAAAUCUGAUUAUCGAACCCUUUCAAAACUUCUUGCAAAGAUUAUCAGGAUCUUGGAAAAGAUUGAUGCUAAAGGCAUCUCUUUAAUUGAUGUUUUUAAAUAUUCAAGCUGGAAUCAAGAGAAACAAUUUAAAACUUUCUUCAUCAAUCUGGACAUCUGGGGAGCUUGGGAGUCCUACAAUAAUCAAGAGAUAGAAGAUCUCUCAGUUCAUUUAAGAAAACAAGCUAGUGAGAAGAUAGAAUUUGCUAAAAUAUCCCUCCUCAGGUGUAUAGCUCUCAUGAAAAAUGAGAAAGGAAAGCUUUUCGAAUUUGUCAGAUUUAGAACAAAUAUCCUGCAUAAUUCCUUCGAGAAGAUUUCUGAUUAUCUCAAAGCGAGAACUACUGUAAAGAGCAAGAAGCUUGAAGAGGAAGAAAAGACUGAUAAAUAUCUUCAAAGCCCUAUGAAGAAUGCUGAUUUGAUGAAAAUUACAGAGCAAUACGAACCUGGAACAGGCCAAACUGAGAAUGAUAAGUUUGAAUCAAUUCGACUUGAUGAGCCCUGUAAGAUUGAUGAUAGCCAAGUCACCGAAGAGUACAAAUUAGAAAAUGAUAAGAAUGAGUACAUGAAGUUUACAACUCCUAAUGCAGAAAAUUCUUUCAAAGAUGAGCCGAUAUUUAAAAACCGUGAAAGAAGUGGUUCACAUUCUUUACUCAAUAGUCUUACUCUUUCAGACAAAGCAGGUCAUCUAAUGCUGGUAAAAUGUGGGCAUAAUGGCUAUUUCAGCUUUGAAGAGAAAUCUCUCUAUGAAAAGUACCUUAAGCACUCAAAAUUCAUCUAA